AUGAAUACCAACGCAGAAUCUUUGAAUGCAGGAGACCGUCUCACAUCCCAAUCUGGUCUGGUCAGUGAGCAUCGACAAAGGCUGCAGUCUGCAGCUGUCCGAGGAGCAAGCCGUGCUUUCACAGCAGGAAAUGACAACCAACGUCCUAAAGCUCUCGAUAGCAGUACCAAUGGUGCCCGAGCUGCCGCCGCAUCAGCUGGACUUGCAUCACGCCAGAAAUCUGUCUCACCACCCAACAGUUUUACUUUAGAUUCCGCGGUGCCCCCUGGGUCUCUAUCCGCUCAGAUCUCCCAAGUGCAGAAGUUAGUACAAGAUUUCGAACAGGGUUCUAAAAGCGACAAGCCCCAGACCCCCAGCGUUGCCGCACGCGGUACACCUGGGAAGAUCACCAAAAGAUCACCAUCUCAGGUUGCAGCACGCAUAGCUUCCAGCCAUCAGCCCGUACCACCCAGAGCACCACUGGCUUUGCGCAGCGGGAGCGAGGGCAGUAAUGCUAGCGGAGAUACCAACAUACCGCGGCCAAGCCAUCAGGUCAAUGAGUCAGGGUUCAGGUUUCAAUCCGACUCUGUUGACAGCGCUCAACCAUUGAACCGCAACUCAACAACUUCUAAGCCAUGGCCUCUGCAAUCCGUGUCGAGCGCUCGACCACAUCUACCGCCUCGAAAGUCAGAGCAGAUCCGUGACAUCGUAAAUGACAAAACUACCGAAGACUCUCAACCGCGCCGGUUACCAGGCUUAUCAAGCACCCUGGCAGCACAGGCGGCAGUAAGAAAAUCGGCGCCACUAACUUCAUCUUCUGUGUCUGAUCCACCACGAAAUGUACCGAAACGUGCACUCACCCCUGAGGAUGACUCGUCAGAGGACUUGGGUCGUGGGCGAAGCUCAACCGCACACAGGCAAGGUCUAGAGGGUAACGUUGUUCUUCCUCACAACCUAAGACACACUGUUCCUAGUGAGCGAGGUUCAGUUGCUGGCAAGCGCGAAUUAAGCCGCGAAGGAUAUGGGAAAAAAGACUCAAAUGCUACAGUCUACGGUUUGAGUACAUCGGCGCAACCGUCGCACCGCUUUGCCUCAGUUGCAAAUACACAGUACUUAGACGAAAGAACUGGCUUGACCGAAAGUACGCUUGCCGACGCAAUCGUCGCCUCCUCCCUCGCAUCUUCUCGGGCGCCAUCCCCUGCUACAAGGGCACAAGCUCCAAUUCCAGCUCCACCACCUCCCAGGAGGUCAUCACUAUCCCGUGCUCUAUUCCGUCACCGCCACUCUUCUGACACAGACCUUCCCCGUCAUGGAGCUCCUUACCAAGGGAUGAGGCAGACGCUACGAAAAUAUAAUUCAGAGGACAGCGACGACGGGAAUGAUAGGCGCAAACACAAGCAUUUCAUAAAGCAUCCGAACAAGCACAGGGAAGGUUCUCGGAAGAGAUGGAAAGACAAGGUAACGGAACGCGAGAGGAGGAGGUAUGAAGGUGUUUGGGCUGCUAACAAAGGCUUAUUCCUCACGACCUCUUCUUCUCAACCUAACGAAGAAAGCGCAGUCGAGCCUUCGACCUCGGACUUAGUGCUCGACUUAGUGGUUCGAGAUAUAUGGAGCCGUAGUCGCCUUCCCAUGGAUACGCUUGCGGAGAUCUGGGAUUUAGUGGAUCGUCAAGGUGUUGGUACGCUCAUCCGAGAUGAGUUUGUACUAGGCCUUUGGUUGAUCGAUCAACGGCUGAAGGGUCACAAAUCGCCAAUGCGAAUCUCCCCAACUUUAUGGGCAAGUGUCGUCAUUGAUGCUGAGUACGCGCACCGCCGGAAAUCCUCCAUCGUCCUCAACGACGCCCCCAAGCUCGCUCGUCGGGAGGCUGAUCAGCGCAGAGCCUCCUCGUGCAUUGUCCAUCAAUUUCUCGAAAGGGAGAGACCACACUUCGAUAGCAGGUUACAUUACAUUGAGGAGGACCAGGUCAGGAACGGAAACAUUGAUGGCACUUCGACGCCGCAAGAGGAGGUGCUGGUGGUUCGAUCACGUCUGUUGACUAAGAAGCAGCUGGCUGACAUGGCUAUGGGAGUAAGAAAUCUGGCUAAAAAGUUAGGCAGCCUGAAAGUCAAGCUGAGGAUCAAGACGGUCUUCUUGUUGACCAAGAUCCAUGACGACACUUUGAUUAUCAAGACUAGGGAGGUCGUAAGAUGGUUGUUGUCGAAGGAUCGAGACGCACCCUAUAUCGUCUGGGUAGAAAACGUACUCGAAGACAACGAGACAUUCGACGCCAAGGCCCUGCUAGCCGAAGAUUCAUCAUAUGAGGGUAGACUCAAGUACUGGGACAACGAAUUGACCAGAAAGCGUCCCCAUACCUUUGACUUCGUAAUAACACUUGGAGGGGACGGGACGGUAUUAUAUGCAAGUUGGUUGUUCCAGCGAAUUGUGCCGCCCGUUCUUUCAUUUGCGCUGGGAUCGCUAGGCUUUUUGACCAAGUUCGAUUUUGAACUGUACCAGGACACAUUAACAAAAGCGUUCCGAGAUGGAGUAACAAUCAGUUUGCGCCUGCGCUUUGAGGGCACACUUAUGCGAUCUCGGCCACGUGCGGAAAAGACAGAACCGAGGGACCUAGUCAACGAAUUGAUAGGCGAGGAGCGGGAGGACAAUCGUACACACAAGCCGGAUUGUACGUUUGAGAUAUUGAAUGACGUUGUGGUGGACCGAGGACCGAGUCCUACCAUGUCUACGAUUGAGCUCUUCGGCGACGACGAGCAUCUGACCACCGUACAAGCCGAUGGUAUAUGCGUCGCUACUCCAACCGGGUCUACCGCCUACAACCUCGCCGCUGGCGGCUCGCUCUGCCACCCAGAAAACCCGGUCAUUCUCGUGACAGCUAUCUGUGCACACACAUUGUCGUUCCGACCUAUCAUCCUCCCGGACACGAUGGUGCUGAGAAUAGGUGUACCCUACGACGCACGAGGGAGCUCCUGGGCAAGUUUCGACGGACGAGAGAGGGUCGAGCUCCACCCGGGUGAUUAUGUUACCGUGUCUGCUUCGCGCUAUCCUUUUGCAAACGUCAUGCCUCCGGGCCGGAGAAGCGAAGACUGGAUCAACAGUAUCUCCAGGACCUUGCAGUGGAAUUCACGGCAGAAGCAGAAGGCAUUUCAUGAUUGGUCCAAGGAGGAGAAGGAUCCAGAUAGACCGCAGGACAAGGCUGGGGAGGAUGAGGGCUGA